UAUUCUUUUAGCUAUAUUGAAUGCGAUAAUGGCGUUGCCGAAGAAAAAUUAUGUCCCGAUGGAUUACUGUUUAAUGCUAAUAGUAGUUUUUUCAAUUAUCCUUGUCAGUACCCUAACGAAGUUGAUUGUAGAGGAAGAAGUAGCGUUCAACCAGCUCAACCAACAGAAGAUUGUCCUCAUCAAUUCGGCCUUUAUAAAUAUGGGGAUGCAAGAAAUUGCGGUCAAUUUAAGAAUUGUGCAAACGGGAUAGCGUAUAUUAUUGAUUGCCCAGAAGGCCUUGCAUUCAAUGAAGAAACUUAUAAAUGCGACUGGCCAGAUCAAGUACCUUCUUGUGAUGCCGAAGCUUAUUUGGGAUUUUCAUGCCCAAACGCUCGCAAAAAUUUCAACGGAUUUGAAUUAGAAGAAGAGAAUCGGUUGUAUAGAUCGAGUACUGACUGCCAGCAGUACUUCUUGUGCUUUAAUGGUAGGCCACGAUUAUUGAGAUGUGGGGAAGACGAGGUCUUCAAUGAGGAAAUCAGUACGUGUGAAAAAAUAGAGAACAGUGGUAUUAGAUGUUCGCAAUUUAAUACCCGUUCACAAUCUGGAAACAAGCAGUCAGCAUCUUUUGGAAACCGGAGAGAUUCUUAUGAAAAUAAGGCACCACCAUCUACCAGAUUUCAAUCACUUUCAGCACAUUCGAAGAGUUCUUACAGCCAAAAAAGAUUUUAUUAAUUUACUUCAUUUAUAUAAUGAAUAGAUGUAUUGUAUAUUUGUACGAGUUAUGAUUAAAUACAAAGAAAAAAUAGA